AUGAUCCACCUGGAGCCGGUACAGCUUGUCUCGACUCCGCAUGUCGUUAGUCUGCCAAACGAUGUUGCCACUACAGACGCAUGCACCACGUAUCUUAAACUUAAGGGAAUCAGCGUCUUUUGCCAAGAACUGCCCAAUGCCUAUUCGGUCUCCCCGGAUGGCUUACUGCCUGUCUUGAACAUACAUGGGCGACUGGUCUCGGGAUUCAUGUCGAUGUGUCUCGCUAUCAAGGCCACUAAAAAGAAUCCGAAUCUCGAAUUGAAGCCGGAAGUACUACAGACAAAGAACUCCCACCAUGUGUUUUUCUUCUGGUUAUCGGACGCCCUGCGGAACAUUGCACUUUACUUCUCCUGGGUAAAUCCCUCAGGAGUUCAGCAGACAAAACAUACACUCCAGAAAGCUUUUCCUUGGCCUGUCUGCAACAUUACAUUUAAUCGUCAAAAAAUGGCCUACGAAAAGUACAUGGAGGCUAUCGGAUGGCUUUCGCGGGGACCCGGAGAAAUCGUUGAAGAGUUCGAUCGUGUGUGCAGCAAGGUUACUAAGGUUCUGGCGAAUGAUACUUUCGUCUUCGAGCGAAAAAAGCCCGGAAAAAUUGACUGCCUUUUAUGUAGUUACCUCGUGACAUUUGAGAAGUAUCCUGUUUUCUUUUCUCCACUGCUUGGUGUGAUCUCCAAGUAUCCUGCCCUUCGACAACUUGUGACAUUGCUUGAUAGAUCCCUCUUGUCGAAAGUUUGA